AUGGCUUCUGGGAAGGUCCCAACUUCCUCUGCCACCCUUACCUGUCUGUGUGGUGCAAUCUCUUUACCCGGCAGCUACCUCAAAGAGUCCCACUUUCCAAUCGAAUCUGAGAUCUGCCAUUGCAAUCCAUGUCGCUACUCCUACGGCAGCCUCAUACCAACCUUCUUCGAAAUCAAGAACCCACCACCAGCACCCGCCCUAGCCAAACUCCGGAAAUACCAAUUUACAGAUGUCUGUGCCCGCUAUUUCUGCGCGACCUGCGGAACCCACUGCUUCGUCGACCACCCGCACAAGGACAAUGAGUGGUUCUGCCUCACCGGCAUAGUCGAGCUCCCUCCAUCAAUCCCCAAUAAACCACCCAAUCUCGUCACGAUCAACAGCCACCAAUACCUGGCCGACACUCUCGACGGCGGCAUGGCUCCCCUCUUCCUCGACCCCCAACCCAACUCCAUCAAACCCCCAACCAUCUUCGCAGCGGCCUCUCGCGACCCCGACAGCGCACGCGACCCCACCGACGUCGUCACUAUGGCCCAAUUAUCCCUCUCACACCCCUCCCCUCAAGCCUCCCACCUCAACGCAAAGUGUCACUGCAAAGGAGUAAACCUCUCCAUCGCCCGCGCAGACUACACCACCAACCCGCACAACGUCCAUCCGGACAAACAGCCCACCAACAAGGCCAUCCGCGACAAAUACGCCGCAUGGUUCUGCGCCUGCCGCUCCUGCCGCCUCUCUACCGGGUCGUCCAUCACUGGACACAUGUACGUGCCUCCCGCGGCAAUCACCGACGCCACCACGGGCGAUUCUGUAGUGUUAGGGCUGCCAGCACUCAACGACUCCAAAGUAAACCAGUCUGCGGGGCUGAAGACGCUGACGCACUACCGCAGCACCGAGUCUGUCGUGCGAAGCUUCUGUGGGAACUGUGGCGCGUAUGUAUUCUACUGCUCUGUCAACCAGGACAAGGAUGGGAAGGCCGGGGAUGGACACGGUGUGAUCGACAUUGCGGCAGGACUGUUGCGGGCGGAGAGUGGGAGUAUGGCGCGGGAGUGGGUGUAUUGGGAGGAUUGGGUGAGUCAUGCGAAUGAGGCCGUUGAUCAGAAGCUGGUGGAGGUGGUGAAGGAAGGAGGGUGGAAGAGCGUUGGGCUGGCGCAAUGA